AUGGACACUAGCACGCCCGAGAAGAAGAGCGAGUUCGCCAAGCGGGUUCUGUUCGGCACGUCGAAGGCCACCGCCGCCGGGGACAAGCAGGCCGGCAGCGUUCGGAGCGGGUCCCAGUCGUCCACGUCUUCCGCCCCCGGCCCAGGCUUGUAUGCCAUGCCCGGGACCCCCAAAACGUCUACUGCGAGCGGCACUCUCUACAAUCUUAAAACCCCGGGAAAGCCGUCGACGUCCAACAACGCCGCGUUGUCGGUGUUCCUCCGCGUGAGGCCCCCCGGCGCCCCGGGCGCCGACGUGGAUAAGCUCACGGGCCGCCGCACGUACCAGAUCCUCGAUGAUCAGGCGACGCUCAGGACGUUCCCGCCCCUGUCGGCAGGACACAGCCGCACCAUCAACCGCCAAGCGAAGGACUUCGGGUUCACCCGAGUCUUGAGCUCCGAGGCGGGCCAGGUGGAAACGUACGAGUCGACGAUGCGGCCGCUGGUGGACGACGUCUUCUCCGCGCAGAACGCGCUGCUGUUCGCGUACGGCAUGACCAACGCGGGGAAGACGUACACCGUGCUGGGCGAGGACGGAAGCCCGGGGCUUAUCCCGCAGGCCCUAACUGAUACGUUCGGGCGGGUGGCCCAGAUGGGAGCGGAAGAGGCCGAGGUACGGGUGGAGAUGUCGUUCCUGGAGAUCUACAUCGAGAACGUGUACGAUCUUCUCGCCGCCGCCGACACGGAUGACUGGGCGAAGGCACGCACUGCCCUCAAGCUCGAUGACCGCAAGGGCGUGAUUCAGGCGCGUGAUCUGUCCAAGCACGUCAUCAAGUCCGCCACGGACGGACUGGACCUCGUGAGGAGGGCGACGGCAAACCGACGGGUGGCGUCUACGAGGCUCAACGAAGACUCCUCGCGCUCUCACAGCGUCUGCAUGAUCAAGCUUGUUCGCGAGAAAGGUAAGGACUCCAGCCUGUGGGUGGUAGACCUUGCGGGCAGCGAGCGCAGCGGCCGCACGGGAGCGGGUGCGUCCAGCACCCGCCAGAAGGAAGCCAACAACAUCAACAAGAGUCUCAGCACCCUGUGGCACUGCUUGACCAUCAUGCGCGCAAACCUUCGCAAGGAGGAGCCCGAGUCGAGGGUGCCUUUCCGGGAGUCGAAGCUCACCCACCUCUUCAAGAACCAUCUCCAGGGGCCCACCGCAGGCAAGACGGUGAUGGUGGUUAACAUCAACCCAUCCACCGACGACUUCGACGAGACGCAACAAGUGCUGAAGAACAGCACGAUCGCGCGAGAGGUGAAGACGGUCAGGGAUGACAGCGCUGCCAACCGGCAGAACGGCCUUAUACACACUCCCUACGGGUUCAACGGCCGCAAGAUGGUGGUGAAGAAGCCGCAGGCGUCGCGCAGAAGCAUUCACCAGGCCGUCGCACCCAAGCUGGAGGGGCUCGACCUUCCACCCCCCCGCACCAACGGCACCCAGGCUUCUAAGCGCGCCAUGAGAAGCCACGGGGACACCGACUGCGGAUCCGAUGGAGAAGCCGAUCGAGCGGGGGGAGAGGAGGAAGAGGAGGGAGGCUACAUGUCUGGAGCGGAGUCGGACAGCGGACUGGUGGACACUCGGCAGAGCAUGAACCUCGUCGUCCGUAACCUGCAGGAGGACAACGCCGCCCUCAAGACGAAGCUCAAGGCCACGCUCUCCAGCAAGAAGAAGGAUGCUGUCCAAGGCCACCAGCCGAUCUCCGGGGGCCCGGUGGAGCAGUACAUCAGUCUCCUGGAGGACAGGGUUACCUCGGCGGCGGCAAGGAUGGAAGAGAUGAGGCAGGACCACGCCGCUGAGAUCGAAGAGCUAGAGGCUGAGUUCGAGAGCUUUCUGUCGGAGAACGGUCUUGACGGCGAAGGCGAAGGCGGGGACGUUGGGAAACCAUUCCCUGCUGCCGCGGACGAUGGCGCUACCGCCGCCAUUGUCGAACGCCUGCGCGAAGAGGUGCGAGUGGCCAACCUACAGGCCGACCAGUGGAAGAAGGAGGCGGAGACUCUCCGCGACAGGCUGCACAAGGACAAGGAGCCCGGCGGCUCGACGAGGUCUCCGCUCCGACAAUCGACGGGAUCCACCGGUCGCACGUCGCUGGAGAAUCGACAGGACGGAGAGAACAGCCCUCCGACGGUGCACAGCAACGGCGGCCCUGCCCCGGGGGGUGUCGGAUCCCCCUCGAAAAACAUUCCGCGGAACCCCGUUGCCUCCUCGCCCAACAAGAACAAGGCCUCCGCGCUCCCCACCAAGAAGAAAAAGAAGGCUUCGAACUCCGGGUACCCUCCCAUCGCCGCCACCGCCGCCGCCGUCGCAACCGCUGCUGGUUCGCCUCAACCGAACCCGUUGGGCGGGAAGCAGGCGCGGAAGGUGGCCGAUUCCGCCAGCAGCAGCGCCAGGGAGAGCGGGGCUUCGGGCGAGAAGACGGGGGGGGCGGAGGGGACCCGCGUUCACCGGGAGUCGAGGGAGAGCGGCGGGUGCUGGGGGAGCAAGGGGAAGGUGGUCGUGGCGGUCUCGAGGCGUGUGUCGGUGCUGCGCGUUAGCACCGCCGGGAGCAGGAGGUGAGGAGAGCCUUGGGCCUAGGGAGUAGUCGAUGGGCUGGUGUUCGGAUAAGUCAAGCUGGGGUUGACCUGGAGUUGGCGUAUUUGGUGCAUGCUGGGGGUUGAGGUCAUGCUUUCCGAAGGUCAGCGCUUUUGAUGCAAGGACUGAUGCGUGUUUCUGUUUUUGACACGUCCGACAAAGUCGAUCAGUACCUACGAUUCGUGUUGACACGCACGCACACAAAGAGAGGCGGAUCGUCACAGCAGCGACGUCUGACCCUCGCCCCCCUCCCCCCCCUUGUUUUUUGACGUAGCGUUGUUGUUGUUGUUGUUGUUGUUGUUGUCUUCACAUUAAACCGUAUGUCAGUUGCUAAAUGCCAAAAUCUAGCAAAAGACUCUCAGCCCGUGGUCACGAAAGUGCUAGAGCCAUCUGAGGAUCUAAAGAACACGCACACAUAUAACGAGAAAAAGGUAUCCAUGAGCCCGAAGAGGUACACCUAAUAAUCCCUGCAGCACCGUAUGCGUGCCCACAAACUGAACUGCACGUCCGUUCCACCGUUCGACUACAGUAGCAUCACCCCCUCCCUGUCCCACUCUAUACCAAAACGGAAGAUUGCCGACUACAG